AUGAUUGAAAAUGACAAUAAUGAAUUAUUAGAAGAAGUAGAAGAUUAUAUUAUAAAUUCAACUUCUGUUUCUAAAUUUGGGAAUUGUGUGGAAAAAUAUAAUUUACAUAAUUAUAUAUUUAAAACAUCAUUAAGUAAUGAUAGUAAAAUUUGUUAUAUAUGUGUUUUAUUACUUCCAAGAUCAGUAAAUGCAGUACAAAUUAUUUAUGAUAAAAGUAAUAUUUGUUAUAAUGAUAUUGUACAUGCUCGUAUGAGUUGUUUUGAAGCAUCUUUAAUAACUGCUACUAUGGGAAAUUAUUUAUUUAAAGAAGAGGAUAGUAGACCAAUGUCUUGUGAAAUAAAUGAAAUAUAUGAUAUUAAAUAUCAUAAAGUGGGAACAAAUAUAACUUGUAGUAAUAAUAAAUCAACAAGUAUUGAAAAUUGUAGAUAUAAAGAUGUUUUAUCACUUUCUUUUCCUAAUUGUUACAAUACAAAUAUUGAAAAAUCGUAUUUUUGUUUAGGAAAUUUUAAAGAUCGUGAAAUGAAAGAAUAUACAUUGUUAUUUGAUCUGGAAACGGGAAAACACACGUGUGCACGUAGAAUAUCAACAGAAAAUUCAAUUAAAUUAUAUGUAAGUGAUACAUUUGAUUGUAUCAACGAUCUUAAUGCAAAAAAUGUUAAAGAAUAUACAUUUAAUAAACAAAAUUUUAUCUCUGAUAGUACAUUAUGUACUUUUCCAGAAUAUCUUCAAGGUAGUUAUGAAACAUUUGACAUUAAAGAUAAUAAAUUAAUUUAUAAAAAAAGUAUGGAAAAUUUUGAAAAUUUAACAAGUUAUUGUAUAUCUAAUAAUAAUAAUAAUAUUUUUCUUGUAAAGACAUUUGGAGAAUGUGGUAUACCAUUAGCUUUUAAUUGUUUUCAUUUUGUUAUAAGAAGUCCUUCUGUAGUACAAAUAAAAAUUCGUGGUGCGCAAACAAAUAAAAUUGAAGAAUGUUUAUCUUAUCCAGAUAAUGAUAAUUCAUUCUGGGUAACAGCAGCAAAAAAUAUUGAAUUUAAAAGUUUUUGUGGUUUUGAAGGAUCUUGGGGUACAAUAUUUGACAAUACAUCUGAUAGAUGUUUUAAUGUUGAUGUAAUAUCACCCACAUUUAAUUCUUUUAAUAUCGUAGGUUUUAAUUGUCAAGAAAAUACUAUUUUUCAAACAAAAACUUAUCAAUGUAUGGGAACAUGGAAAGAGAACAACAAAAUUUAUUUAUAUACAAAAGAAUCAACAAAUGAAUCAACAAAUGUAACAUCUAAUGUUUGUUUUAUAAUACAAAAUAUUGGUAAUAAAAUAAUGUUAACAAAAGUGGGAUCGCAAUGUCUUCAAUCAUAUAAUGUAAAUCAAACAUUAACAUUAGAACAAAAAUUAAUAGAACCAUCAUUAAUCAGUACACCAUUAAUUGAGAUGGCAGAAAAUUUUGAAAAUGGUCCCCAAGGUAAUAUGAAUGAUUUAAUUGAUGAUGAAUAUAAUGAUACAAAAAUUUUGACACAAGAUGAUGAUCAUUUAAUACAAAUUAAUAAAACAAAAACAAAUUUUUCAUCAAAUAUUUAUUAUAUACCAAAUAUAUUUAUAUUUAUUAUUAUAUCUUUUAAUUUUAUAGCUUUUUAA